CCCACCAUAAGCUAGCAGUAGCACAUAUAGUACUGCACGAAGAACUACACCAUGGCGCAAAAUGUCCAAGAAAAUGAGCAGGUGAUGAGCACGGAGGACUUGCUCCAAGCUCAGAUCGAGCUCUACCACCACUGCUUGGCCUUCAUCAAGUCCAUGGCACUUAGGGCCGCCACUGACCUGCGUAUUCCCGACGCCAUCCACUGCAACGGCGGCGCUGCCACCUUAACUGACCUCGCCGCCCAUGUCGGGCUGCACCCGACGAAGCUCUCCCACCUUCGGCGGCUCAUGCGCGUGCUCACUCUCUCCGGCAUCUUUACCGUCCAUGACGGCGACGGCGAGGCCACCUACACGCUCACCCGAGUCUCUCGCCUUCUCCUCAGCGACGGCGUCGAGAGAACUCACGGCCUCUCGCAAAUGGUGCGCGUGUUUGUGAACCCGGUCGCCGUGGCUUCGCAGUUCAGCUUACACGAGUGGUUCACUGUCGAGAAGGCGGCCGCCGUGUCACUGUUCGAGGUGGCGCACGGCUGCACCCGUUGGGAAAUGAUAGCAAACGAUUCCAAAGACGGCAGCAUGUUCAAUGCCGGCAUGGUAGAGGAUAGCAGUGUCGCCAUGGAUAUCAUCUUGAGGAAGAGCAGCAACGUUUUCCGGGGCAUCAACUCGCUUGUUGAUGUAGGCGGUGGCUAUGGCGCCGUAGCUGCAGCCGUAGUGAGGGCAUUCCCUGACAUCAAGUGCACGGUGUUAGAUCUUCCUCACAUCGUCGCCAAGGCUCCCAGUAACAACAACAUCCAGUUUGUCGGCGGUGAUCUUUUUGAGUUCAUUCCAGCAGCCGAUGUUGUGCUACUUAAGUGUAUUUUGCACUGUUGGCAACAUGAUGACUGUGUCAAGAUUAUGCGGCGGUGCAAGGAGGCAAUCUCAGCGAGGGAUGCUGGAGGAAAGGUAAUACUCAUCGAGGUGGUUGUUGGGAUUGGAUCAAACGAAACUGUUCCCAAGGAGAUGCAACUUCUCUUUGAUGUUUUCAUGAUGUACACCGAUGGCAUCGAGCGGGAGGAGCAUGAAUGGAAGAAGAUUUUCUUGGAGGCUGGAUUUAGUGACUACAAAAUCAUACCGGUGCUGGGUGUUCGAUCAAUCAUUGAGGUUUACCCUUGAUGCUCCUAGAGGUGUACAUGUGCAUCUCACCAUGUGACCUACUCUAGUUCAAAUAAUUGAACAAAAUGCAUAAUAUGUUACUUAAAAACCGAUCGGUUUGAUGUUAGUAUUUUGAUUUCCUUUUAUUCAGGAGUCAGUAGUGCGCACGAUCACACCAAGGCCACUGUUCUCAUUUUCCUAUGUAUGAGCUACAAUACGCACGCCGUUGGAUGGCACGGCUUAUGCGCAUCGUGGCUCAAGUCUCGGGCAUGUUGUUAGCCCAAAAUUUCCAUUCCUAUAUUCAACAUAAUAAGAGGAAGAGAAAACCGAAAAGCUGCAAGGCAGUUCGCAGCACCAAA